UCGCUCCUUUACGGCUGAUCAUCUCACAAAGAGACGCUUUUUCCCAAAGCCUGACAGUCAGCUGAAAAAGAAAAAACCUCGGCUGUAACAGAAAACCAAGUAGAAGGAAGGAAGAGCGCGUUUAGAGGCUGGUAUUCUGUCCGCCUGCGUGGCCGCGCACUGGGGGAAGAACAGCCGCGGUUUAUCUCAUCAGCUACAGACACCAUGAGCCAGAGGUUCACCGUCUCCAAGAGCGACCGGCGCCCCUCUGACAUCCAGGGGGAGGUGAACCAGCUGUUUGAGGGGGAUGAGCCGUCAGCCUGCAGUGAUGCUGCGGGGGAAGCCGCUCCUGCAGAUGCAGAGGAUGUGGUUGUGGUGCUGAAAGGUGACAGUAAUCCCAAAGAGAGCAGCCCCUUCAUCAACAGCAGUGAAGCUGCAGCUGAAAAGAGUCAACAAUAUGACGGCAAGAACAUGGCCUUGUUUGAGGAGGAAAUGGACACCAGGCCCAUGGUGUCUUCCCUUCUCAGCAGCCUGGCCAACUACUCCAACCUUCCCCAAGGCUGCAAGGAGCACGAGGAGGCUGAGAACAACGAGGCAGAAUUAGCGCGCAAGAAACCCGUCAAGGCCCCCCAGCUCGGCACUCUGAUGGGCGUCUACAUGCCCUGCAUCCAGAACAUUUUCGGAGUGAUCCUGUUCCUCAGGAUGACCUGGUUGGUGGGAAUUGGAGGAGUCAUUGGGACCUUUAUCAUCGUCUUCAUGUGCUGUGCCACUACUAUGCUGACCGCCAUCUCUAUGAGUGCCAUCGCAACCAAUGGAGUAGUGCCAGCUGGUGGCUCCUACUACAUGAUUUCCCGUUCCCUGGGCCCUGAGUUCGGUGGAGCAGUUGGGAUCUGUUUCUACCUGGGAACCACCUAUGCUGGAGCUAUGUACAUCCUGGGGGCCAUCGAGCUGCUUUUGAUCUACAUAUGUCCCAAAGCAGCGAUAUUUCCCAUUGAGGGUCUGGAGGGUGCUGAGGCAGAAGCCGCCCUGCUGAAUAACAUGCGCGUGUACGGGACCAUCCUGUUGACCUCCAUGGCCACUGUCGUAUUUGUUGGCGUCAAGUAUGUGAACAAGCUGGCCCUGGUGUUUCUGGCCUGCGUCAUCCUCUCCAUUCUGGCCGUCUACGCUGGAGUCAUCAAGACCGGCAUUGAGCCGCCCGUUUUCCCUGUUUGUUUAUUGGGAAAUCGCACUUUGGUUUGGAAGAACUUUGAUGUUUGUGCCAAAACCCUUGAGACGGCUAAUGGAACAGUGACCACGCAGCUGUGGAGCAUGUUCUGUGACUCACCUUUCCUUAACGCUACCUGUGACAAAUACUUUACUGCCAACAAUGUGACGCAGAUCCAGGGCAUUCCUGGGAUUACCAGUGGAGUUUUGAAAGAUAACUUGUUUGGGAACUACUAUGAGAAGGGGGAUCUGGUUGCCAAAUAUGACCUGGAGUCAGUGGAGGACCAUGAUGACCCUCUUACCAAUUCUAACCGCUACGUUUUGGCUGAUAUCACCAGCUUCUUUACGCUGCUGGUUGGCAUCUACUUCCCAUCAGUGACAGGAAUCAUGGCCGGAUCCAACCGCUCAGGAGAUCUGCGUGAUGCUCAAAAGUCAAUCCCCAUCGGAACCAUUGCAGCCAUCACAACCACCUCCACUGUCUACAUGACCAGCGUGUUUCUGUUUGGUGCCUGCAUUGAGGGGGUGGUCCUCAGGGAUAAGUUCGGAGAGGGCGUGCAUGGGAACUUGGUCAUUGGCACGUUGGCUUGGCCGUCGCCAUGGGUGAUCGUGAUUGGCUCUUUCUUUUCCACUUGCGGGGCAGGGCUCCAGAGCCUGACGGGAGCUCCUCGUCUUCUGCAGGCCAUCGCCAAGGAUGGCAUUGUGCCCGCCCUUAGGAUCUUUGGCCAUGGAAAGGCCAAUGGAGAACCAACAUGGUCCCUCCUACUGACAGCUUGUAUCUGUGAGAGCGGCAUCCUUAUUGCCUCCCUGGAUGCUGUGGCUCCUAUCCUCUCCAUGUUCUUCCUGAUGUGCUAUAUGUUUGUGAAUCUGGCCUGUGCCCUUCAGACGCUCCUGAGGACUCCAAACUGGAGGCCCCGCUUCAAGUUCUACCACUGGGCUCUGUCCUUCCUUGGGAUGAGCUUGUGUCUGACUCUAAUGUUCCUCUGUUCCUGGUACUACGCCAUCGUGGCCAUGGGGAUUGCCGGAUCUAUCUACAAGUACAUUGAGUUCGCAGGUGCGGAGAAAGAAUGGGGUGAUGGGAUACGCGGUCUGUCUCUGAGCGCUGCACGGUACGCUCUAAUGCGCCUUGAGGAAGGCCCGCCACACACCAAGAACUGGAGACCUCAGCUGCUGGUGCUGGUCAGCACAGAUGCAGAGCAGAACGUGGAACAGCCACGUCUGCUGUCUCUCACCAACCAGCUGAAGGCAGGGAAAGGUCUCACCAUCGUCGGGACAGCUCUGGAAGGCACCUACCUGGCGAACCAUGAACAGGCUCAACGCGCAGACCAGGCACUGCGCAAAUUAAUGGAGACUGAGAAGGUGAAGGGCUUCUGUCAGGUGACUGUAUCCUCAAACCUCCGGGAUGCUUCAUCCCAUCUGCUGCAGGCCAGCGGACUGGGAGGCCUGAAACACAACGCUGUGCUGGUCUCCUGGCCACGGAACUGGAAGCAAGGAGACGAGCACCAGAAAUGGAGGAACUUUGUUGAGCUGGUCAGAGAGACUACCAUUGCCCAGCUUGCUCUACUGGUACCAAAGAACAUUGCAGCCUUUCCAUCCAAUGGUGAACGCUUCACAGAGGGUCACAUUGACGUAUGGUGGAUCGUCCACGAUGGAGGCAUGUUGAUGCUGCUGCCCUUCCUUCUCCGUCAACAUAAGGUUUGGAGGAAGUGCAAGAUGCGCAUCUUUACCGUAGCCCAGAUGGAUGACAACAGCAUUCAGAUGAAAAAGGACCUCACUACAUUCUUGUAUCACCUCCGCAUUGAUGCUAUGGUAGAAGUCGUUGAAAUGCAUGACAGCGAUAUUUCAGCGUACACAUACGAGAAGACUCUUGUGAUGGAACAACGUUCACAGAUGCUAAAACAGAUCAACCUUACCAAGACAGAGCGGGAGAGGGAGAUCCAGAGCAUCACUGACUCGUCCCGUGGAUCCAUCCGCCGUAAGAACCCGGCCGCUGUGACCACCCAGCUGAGCGUGACCGAGGAACCGCCCGCCACCAGCAAAGAGGAGAAGCCUGAAGAGGAGGUCCAGCUCAUCCAUGACAACACCACCCCAGCCAGCCCUGCCACCCCGUCCACCACACUGACGCCUGGGGAGGAGGCACAGAGUCCCGGGGAGCAGAUCCAGAGGACCUGGACGGAGAAGUGUGACGGAGAGGCAGCCAAGCCUCGUGGAGGGACCACACAAGAGGACAUCAAAGACAUCUUCAACAUGAAGCCAGAGUGGGAGAACCUGAACCAGUCUAACUUGAGGCGUAUGCACACAGCGCUCCGGUUGAAUGAAGUCAUUCUUAAGAAGUCUUCAGAGGCCAAACUAGUCCUCCUGAACAUGCCAGGGCCACCCAAGAACCGGACAGGUGACGAGAACUACAUGGAGUUCCUUGAGGUCCUUACCGAAGGUCUAAACAGGGUCCUUCUGGUCCGUGGAGGCGGCCGUGAGGUCAUCACCAUCUAUUCCUGAAAGAGCAGCCCCCUCCCCUGCUCUAUAAUCCCCUCCCUCUGUCCCAUCUCUGCCGUACUCUCACCUCUUCAUCAGUACGGCUUCAUUAUGAGGUUCUGUUUGUUUCUGUGCUGUAGUGCUCUCACCACCAACAAAUAGCCCCGCUCAGCUUCAGCGCCUCUCCCUCUGCCCUAUCCACAUCAGACAAGUGAAUCCAGAACCUUCCUAAUGCAAACUCAAUAGAAAAAUUUAACCUUUCUCGACUGGUUGAAAUCCUGUUAUAAUCCACCGUAACUCAGUCGGGAUGAGGUGUUGGUGAGUGUGGGUUCUUCGCUGAAGUGUGAAAACCCCUGCAUGUAUAAGUCUUAUUGUUUCAAUCUCUGUGUUUUUCUAUUCUUUUUGGUUUUUGUAAACACAAGAGUGGGACAGGCAUGGCCUCUGAACGGCACAAACGUUAUCUGGCCAAAAUGGGCCCGACUGUAGGAUUAGAUCUCUUUAGUUCCCUUGUGGAGGAUGUACUUUCCCCCCAGGCUGUUGUCUCGGGUGUGAGUUUUCAUGAUGGACUCUGCAGUCACAGUGAGGACCGCCGGCUGGAGGACAAAGGAGAGUACGGCUGGGAAGGAUGAACUGUGAAACUCACCUUAACCCAAGAGACUGAAAAGUGGGUCUACUCUACAGUCUUAUCUUUAACCUGCUCACUCUUUGGCAUGACAUACUCAACCACUGUGUAUUGUGUUUUUACACUCGUUUUGUUACUGUAGUCACUCUGUUUUUCCCCCUCCCAGACUUCUUCCUUCUUAUUUCUAAGUGGCUCUUUAUCUCUUAGGCCACUGUUUGUGCCAAAAACAACAACAAAAACUAAAUCCAAGGCUAGUUUGUUGAGAUUGACACGUAAUUAAACUGUGAAUAGUCUCCUAGCAGAAGGCUGGGGUGCCAGUAAAGUGGGGAGAUGGUUACAAACCCCCCCUCCACCCGCACCACCCAGAGGAGGAGGUUAUUGUCUCCAGCACCUCUCGGCCCCGUGUGUGAUCCACUGUAAAUAAUGUACAAGCUCUGAUGCGUUUAGUAUGAGUGUAGUAUUUUUGUGACUAACUGAAAAGCUUCUAAGUGGAGAGAAAAGCCUCCUUCACUUAGAAAGGUCGCUGAAAAAUGCAGUUUUAAAAAAAAUAUAUAUAUAUAUUUAUUUAUUUUAUUGUAUCUAUUUAUCGGCUCCCAUCAUUAUGGUAAAAGUUAUGGCAAACGAAAGCACCUGCACUCUUCACCACUGUGCGACAAGCGAGAUUUUGAUGCUUUAAAAAAAAAAAAAUCACUAAAUGUUAUUUUUUCAUCUAAAGAAAAUAUUUGUCACUUUGAUUGUCAGAGAUAUAUCAUCCGUUUUGCCAAAUUUUCAUACAUUAAUGUGCCAAAUUAAAGUAUUUUUCAGCGAGAUAGUGAAGAUAAAUAUAUCUAAUUCCACUAAAUCGGAACAAAGUUUGCUAAAAACAAGUGAAAACACAAUAAUCAAGAUGCUAUUUGAAAGUGGCCCUAUAGACGAUUAAAGAAUGAAUGUUCAGCCAUAGAAAAUGAAACAAAACAGAAACAUCCACUCAAUUCAAGCUAGAAAUGGUGGACAUCUAUUGGAUAGUUCUCCAUGGGACCUGAUUGAAAUAAAAAUGGGAGGACAAUGGUUUCUGUAACUUUAAAAUUCACUUUGUCCACAAGUAUGAACUCUAUGCAGUAGAUCUUCCAGUCAGAUUUUAUAUCCCUAAAAUUAGUGAAGAUUUGAGCCACGUUAGCCACCACUGAAUGACUCGAGAGAAAAUUAGAAAAAGUGCAUUUUGGCAGGAAUGUGCAAUAUAGUCGCGAAUCUGGACUCACGUGAUCAUGUUAUUUAUUUUUUUACACAUGAUAUUUUGUAUAUGUAGAUGUCGUAUGUCUCGUACAAUCCAGAAUCAUCUCACUCUGACCAAGGACUUCUGUCACUUUACUUUUAUUAUUCCUGUUUCGUUUCUUAAAAGAAAAUAUUUUUGGUCAUUUGCACUUGUAGUAGAAGUAUAAAUAUAAAUUCGUAU